UGCGGGGGUGUCCUCUGCGCGCUGCUCGAAGCGUCGGAGCAACGGCCAGCGCCCCUUCCCCACACGGGACGCUCGUUGGGCCGCCGAGGCCCGUUUGCUCAUCACGCGCGCACGGUUCGGUGGCGCGCGCUGCGCUGCUGCUUGGCGAACGCGCCCGAAAUGGUUUAAACAAGAAAAUCAAGCAUCCCAAAAACAAAGUGUACAAACCAUGCCAAGAAUGUAAAUAUAUUUGAAGAGUGGGUUGCAGAAUCCUUUGAGGAGGUGUGAAUGGAGUCUGAAUACCUCAAGAGAUGCCUAGGAAUAUGCUUGGCAAAGGGACUUGCAGAAGUGGUAGAGCAUCGGCCCAUAGACCCAAUAGAGUACCUGGCAUACUGGAUUUACAAAUACAGGAGAAAUUUAGAUGAAGAGCAACAGAGGAGGCAGGAGAGGGCUGAACUUGAGCAAGAGCGUGAGGAGGCCCUGAAAGAACUAGAAAUGUUAGAAAAAAUGAAGGAAGAAGAACUCAUGAUCCAGCAGAAACUUGCAGAGGAGCAACAAGCUCAGCUGGAACGAGAACAUGAGGAGGCUCAGCUGGAACUAGAAAGGGUAGAGAAAGAGAAAGCAGAAGAGCUGUCCUUGCAGCAAAAAGCUGAAGAGGAACCGGGGGAUAAAUCAAGGACAUUAGCUGAGCUUACAGAUAAAUAUGGAGCCCCUAAUUUGACCCGAGUUGAGGAGAUAGAUGAGAGUGGGCAAUCUGACGCUGCACCGAAUCUCACGGCUGAAUCAGAGGAAGAAACCCCAACUGAUAUGAAAGUCGAUUCCUGAAGUUUAGUGACUUACUGUAAUUGUGUAUUUAAUAUAUGGAAUGAAUUUAUCAAUGAUACCUGGGGGUUUGAGAGUUAGAUAACAAAAUGUUUUAAGGCAGCUAAUUUAAGACAAAUAUCAUAAAAAUAAAAAUCAUUCAAAUUCUGGGAAAAACUGAUUUGACUUGCUACUGAUUACUAAUUCAUUUAGUGUUCUAUGCAUCAGGUUGUAAAUACUGUACCUAGAUUCAAUGGAACCAGGAGAGACAAUCUCUUCUGAAGCUGAUACACUGAAUUCCAUGUAGUUCACUUUCAGACAAGUAUCACAAAACCUAGUAUCCUGACUGGCCUUCAUGAAUAUUAAAUAUUAAAGCUCUAGAAGUAACCUUAGGGAUUCAUCCUGAUGUCGUUGUCCAAAAAUUCUCCUCUUCUCAUUUAUUAGAUUGGUUACUGCUUUCAUCCAGAACUAGUUGCAUUUCAUUAGUGGAAGAAGUGAUUCCUGUAUGUACACUGUUUAUAAUAAAGGUCUUGAUCUGAGUUCUCUAGGAUCAAUGGGGUUAUUCAUGUAUUGAAAAUUUUACAGAUACUUAAGUGCUUUGCUGUAUGUGGGCUGCAGUGCUCAGUACCUUGUAGGACAGAGUCCAAAAUGCUUUCAAAUGAAAGGUGCUAUGUAGAAUAUUAAAUUACAGUUGUUAUCUGAUUAAUUCUUGUUAGUAAUGGGCAAACCUCAAAAGGUUUUGAAGUUCACUAUCAGAUAAACAUCAUAUCUGAAGGUUUCAGAGUAGCAGCCGUGUUAGUCUGUAUCUGCAAAAAGAGCAUGAGUACUUGUGGCACCUUAGAGACUCAAAUUUAUUUGAGCAUAAGCUUUUGUGGGCUACAGCCCACUUCUUCGGAUGCUGAACUUAGCCUGAUUUCCAAAAUUUUCUGGUUUUCUCCUGGCCAAAAAUUUCACAAUUAUGGUAUUUUUUUCUAUAUUUCAUUACUUAUAUUCCCAGUUGAACCGAGCAAGUGCUGAUGUGUCCAUUUAAAAAACAAACUAUAAAACCUUUACAAAAUUCAAAUUUGUUUGGAGUUGGAGCUGGAUAUUUGAUUGUUCAAGUUUUAUCCAAAUGGCUUCUUCUGUUCUUAAUCAGAUUACUUUUAACAAGGAAAUGAUGGUGUGUUGUUGCUGAUUGUCAAGGGUGUUAACUUGCGUGCUCUAAAUAGACACUGACUUGUCUGGAAAGGAUACCAGAAUGAAUUGAGAAACCGGAUGCCUCUUGGUUAUAAAAUAAAAAGGUUUCUUUCCACCUCAGUGUCUUGUAGCAGUACAGAUUAGUUGGGCAAUCAACAUUCAGUUAAGAGCAACAAUAUAUAAUAAAAUACUACUCCAUUACAAAUUCA